AUGCUUCUCAAACUUCAGUGGUAUGACCUGACUGUCAAGUAUAGGAAAGGCAAGGACAUGUCAGCAGCUGACGCCUUGUCAAGAGCCUACGUGACAUAUAGUCAGUCUGAUGUUGUCGACCUGAAAGUAGUCAACAUGGCCGACAUGAUCUCAGUAUCCCCAAACCGAUACGCAGAGAUCAAGCAGUGCACUAAGGUGGAACUGUCAACCCUGAGCGAAACUAUCUUAAAUGGUUGGCCUGACAACCGCCAAGAAGCGCCCAUGGAAACACGUCCAUACUGGGACUCCCGUGACCAGUUGUCCUUAUCUGACUGUAUCAUUUUCAAAGGACUGCGGAUUGUAGUGCCACCAAGUCUCCGCAGCCAUAUGCUCCUGCUCAUUCACGAGUCACACCUUGGUAUGGUUAAGAGCAAACAACGGGCUCGAGAAGUAAUGUUUUGGCCCGGCAUGAAUGCUGACAUUGAAAACAUUAUCAGAGACUGUCACAAGUGUGCUGUGUUCCCAAACAAACAGCAGAGUGAACCGCUGAUGCCAACACCACCUCCAGACUUGCCGUAUCAGGAAGUUGGCUGUGAUUUGUUUGACUUCCAGAACAGGAAAUAUCUCGUACUAGUAGACUACUUUUCUAGGUACAUAGACACUGUCGAGCUCAACUCACUUACCACAUCGGCAACCAUCAAUGCUAUGGAAGCCAUCCUCAGCAGCCACGGCAUCCCCUCAAAGUUGCGGUCAGAUAAUGGCCCACAGUUUGAUUCUCGUGAGUUCAAGGACUUCUGUAAGUCAUAUGGAAUCCAACAUGUCACCUCCAGUCCUCACUUCCAAAGUUCCAAUGGGGAGGCUGAAGGAGCUGUUCAGACAGAGAAGAAGCUAUGGAAGAAGUCUGAAGACAAACACCUUGCUCUUCUAGACUACAGAACGACGCCAUUGGAAGGUUUCAACUUGUCUCCUGCUCAGCUGCUCAUGAGCAGGCGUCCACGCAAUACACUGCGAGCCGCUCAAGAACUUCUUGAUCUCCAAUCCUGUGUAAGUCCUGUCAGUCCAGUGCAUGUAACUCGGGUGCUGAUUGCUGCAGCCAUGACUAAUAGAACGAUUGUCUUGCUAAACAUUUGCAGCAGGUUGCACAUGCAAUGGUUCGCAUACAGAUUCUCCAGUUGA